CCAGUUCAAACGAUGAGAUUGGGAAUUGUGAAGUGAGAAUAAGGAACUGUCUCUUCGUUUUCUACCUUUACUGUUGUGGCCAGUUAUCAAAUAAUAAUAAUAACCGACAUUUAAUGGCAUAAGUUUUUCUAAGGGUCAGUCUCUUGAUCAAAUGUCCCUGAACUUGACUUAUCCUAGCCACAUGGCAAAUGAAAGAGCUAGCCUUCAUGUUCCUAAGAUACUGGCGAUUUGUCUGUGUGAUCAAAGAAACAGCAAAUGGACUUCGCUGGGAGCAUGAGGGAUGAGUCUGGAACUUCUAUUAGUUGAAUCAUUUAUGGAAUCUAUGGAACAAUUUUUAACCUUUGUUCCAUAAAACCUUUAAUGAGAAAUCUGGGGACGGAAUGAGGCAGGUGAGAUCGGGUGGAAUAAAUCGCCUCUGAAGGAUCUUUUCCAUUCCGGGCUUACUAUAAAGUAAGAUCCCGAACCACCGAAGAGGUUUGAAAGCCUUGAAACUUUGUGCAGCGUUUCAAAAAACAAAAAAAAGUGCAUAAACUACCUUUCCCAGGAGGCCUCGCGGGGCAGUCUCCGCUCUCCGCUAGUUUCUCUUCGCCUGGAGGUAAGCUGGGGAAUGUAGUGCCCCAAGCCGCCCUGCACGUGACGCGUGCGGAGGAAGACAAGGGGCCCCGCGCCGCCCUAGGCGGCCCCGGGUCCCCGGGGUCUAAGUGUGAGCAGCUCCUUGCCCGGAAUUUGGUUUGUGCAGGGCGGGGAGGGCCCCCGUCGUCUGGCCCCAUCAGUGUAAGCGCUGACCCGGGUUCUCCCGCUGGCGCCGCUCCGGGGAAGUCCCCGUGGGCGACGCACCGCUGGGUCCCGUCCAGUUUCUGGGCAGCCCGGUGCGGGGGGGGUCGGGGGGUGGGGAAGGUGCGAACAGCCCGGGGGCUCGGAACUCGCGCCCUGCGCCCCACCCAGGCUGCGGCCGCACGGGGAGGAAGCGCGUCUAGGUUGAGUGCAAAGUUUCCCUUUUUGCUUUCUCGUCAGAGCCGCUCCAGCGGGCGGUCUUCGGUUUGAGGGGGUCCGGAACCGAAGGAGUUAAAACAAGCGACUCCCCCCCCCCCACCCCACUGGCCGCCUCCCUCACCAGUCCAGCCCGCCAGCCAUGGGCGGACGCGAUCACCUGUUCAAAGUGCUGGUGGUGGGGGACGCCGCGGUGGGCAAGACGUCCCUGGUGCAGCGAUACUCCCAGGACAGCUUCAACAAACAUUACAAGUCCACGGUGGGAGUGGAUUUUGCUCUGAAGGUUCUCCAGUGGUCUGACUCAGAGGUGGUGCGGCUCCAGCUGUGGGAUAUUGCAGGGCAGGAGCGCUUCACCUCCAUGACACGACUAUACUAUCGGGAUGCCUCCGCCUGUGUUAUUAUGUUCGAUGUCACCAACGCCACAACCUUCACCAACAGCCAGAGAUGGAAACAGGACUUGGACAGCAAGCUCACGCUGCCUAAUGGAGAGCCCGUGCCCUGCCUGCUCUUGGCCAACAAAUGUGAUCUGUCCCCCUGGGCGGUGAGCCGAGACCAAGUUGACCGGUUCAGUAAAGAGAAUGGUUUCACAGGUUGGACAGAAACAUCGGUCAAGGAGAACAAAAAUAUUAACGAGGCCAUGAGAGUCCUCAUUGAAAAGAUGAUGAGCAAUUCCAGAGAAGAUAUGUCUUUGUCCACCCAAGGGGACUACAUCAAUCUGCAGACCAAGCCCUCCUCCAGCUGGGCGUGCUGCUAGUAGUUUUUGGCUUGUUUCCCUCCCACUGUCAGGAGGUCUCUUCAUCCCUUUCCCUUGGUUGCCCACCCGGCAAUCUCAUGUGCAUUUGAACUGUCUCCUGCCAGCUGUCCUGGAAGGACCAUCAUCACUAAGGAAAGCCUGGGACUCAAAUGCAUCUCUGCAUCUCUCACAGGUGGGCUCCCACUGGCUGCUGGCUGCUGUGACUCAGUUGGCACCUUCUGUGUAAGAAAGCUCAUCUUAUCUCUCCAUUUGGGAUCCGGGAUUUUGUGGGAAGCAUUGGAAAUCGGCACCUGUGAUCAGAAUCCCCACCUGUUUUUCACGUUCAUUUUCCCAUUUGAUGUAUGUUGAUAUCUCAACCUGAUAGGACUUCAGAUUGCGAGGAAAACGAGAGCAAAGGGCAUUUCCCACAUUCAUCGUAGGUUAUCGCUGUCAGAUUCUUCCUGUCUUGGACUUUGAAUUUGAACCUCUGAUUCCAAGAUGCACAGGAGUGCGGCUGGAUAUCCAUGGGUUUUGGGCUACAGGAGGUACCGCAAAAGUCACUGUAUUUUUGAAGCUUCUAAAGUCAUAACUGGCUUUCUCUUACCUUGGCUUCAAGAAUAGUCAAGCUUUUCAACUACUUAUUGUGUGUGGCGAGAGCAUUUCCUUCCCCCAAAGGAAUCAAUUGUCACGUUAGUUUUUUUCAGUAUCUCGCUACCAGCGGGGUGGGAGUGGGGUUAGCAGGUUUCUGGGUUGGUGUCCUGACGUGAAACACUGCAAAUGACAUCAGUUGGCCGUGGUGCCCUGAAAUAGGUCUGUUCCGCACAGCUCGGGGAGUCUGAAUGGAAGAGGGAGAGGUUAAUAGAACAAAAUCCUGUGGGGCAACUUGCUUCUGAGCACUUUGGGUGCCUAGCACUUAACAGCCUUAAGAAACAAAUUUUAUGUACAGACCUUUGCCUGAGGGGACUGAGUAGAUAGACAGAAAAUCUUUAAGUAAUUUAAGUGCUAAAUCGGGUAGGGUUUUUAGUAUCAAAUCACUUCUAGACAGCUUAAUUUGUUAAAUUCUCACAGGAUGGUGAUUUAUAACUUACCCAAAGUUAUGAAUAUUCUUAAUGAACUCAGAGGCCUAGAAUUUUUUGAAAGACACUUAUUUAGAUAAGUAAGCAUCCUAAGUAAGCAACUCCCAAAUCUGACCAAUCAGAACCACUUGGGAAGUUUGUUUAAAAAAACAUUUUUUUUAAAUAAGGUGUUUAUUUUAUGUUUUAAGAUUUCUCAAACCCACUGAAUCAAAAUUUCCUGGGGUGGAGCCUGGGAAUUUGUUGUUUUUCAAAGCUACCCGGAUAAUUUGACUAGCCUGGUUUGGAAAGCAUCACUGGGGAGUUUGGUAAAGAUGUACAGACCCAGGCAUUCCCUAUAUAAAUGCCCCUGGGCUCCCCUGUGCUCUGUUAGCUCUCCCGGUGAUUCUAAUACACACCAGACUUUGGAAACUACUGUCUUAAGAGAAUGAUCAGAGGCCAAAUACUCUCAGAAAGAGAAUGGGAGCCAGACUUUCAGUGGUUGGUUGGUUGGUUAGUUGGUUGCUUGGUUUUUAAUACCAAGUAUUAUCACUUGUGCAUAGUCUCUUAAGACCGUGAAGUUCUCUUUUGUAUUACCCUUUUAAAAUAAUAGGUUUUUAUUACAACGGUUCUGAAGGUAUUAGUGGAGUAACUAAUUCCCUUUAUGUGAAAAGAAAAUUGAUUAUUAUUUGCCGGUUUGAACCUCUGCAAAGUCACAAAUAAAGGUGAAAUAAGUCUUGUAUUCAUGGAAGUUAUUCUCCUUUGAAGUGAGUUUGUUAAAGUGCCAUUUUAUACUGAUGAAUAAUUCAAGAGUAUUGUGGAAGUGGAGAUUUUAUUUUUUAAACCCCUUUAAAAAAUGUAGGUAGGGGCGCCUGGGUGGCUCAGUCGGUUAAGCGUCUGACUUCAGCUCAGGUCACGAUCUCGCAGUUUGUGAGUUCGAGCCCCACGUCGGGCUCUGGGCUGAUGGCUCGGAGCCUGGAGCCUGCUUCCGAUUCUGUGUCUCCCUCUCUCUCUGCCCCUCCCCCGUUCAUGCUCUGUCUCUCUCUGUCCCAAAAAUAAAUAAACGUUAAAAAAUGUAGGUAAAUGUU